AUGCCUCAUCGGCGAGAGGAUGUGGUGCUGGAUGCCGCAACGAUGCUUCUCAUAGAGCAGCACCCGCGUAUGGUGCAGCAUUUCCACACUCACAUUCUUUUCUUAGAGGAUGCCUUUUUUAGCAUUGACCAGCAAAAACGGGAGGUGGUUAACGUGGCGCACGCCUUUCUGAUGCCGUUGGACACGUCCUCCGGCCACCUCACACCGGAGCAGAUACUGGGGGCAGAGCAGAGGUUGCAGCGACUUUUACACUCCUUUGAGAUGACCUGUCAAGACGAGCUCGCAAGACUCCGAGAGGAAGGGAUACGUUGA